CUCCAUGCCUCUCUGAAUACAAAACACAAUUGCUUAUAUAAACUAUUUCAUGUCUUUACUUGUUCUUCCCACAAACAAGAAAACACACUCUCACAAAGAUAAGAAAUCUGAAGCUUCCAUUCUUCAAAUGGCAUCUUUCUCUUAUUUCCAACAUUACCCUCAUUCUCUUCUUGAUCCUCUUCUCUUUUCCUCACCCAACUCCUCAACUAAGCUCUCUGGUUUCAUCGAGCAGAACCCUCUCUAUCCACCACCAAACAUUUCUACAAUAGUAGAUACUUCCUUGAACCCAUUUCUUGAUUCAUUUAAUGUUGAGAAAACCGAAAGCUCUGAUGUUAAGAAACAUAUCAACACUAAUGCAACUGCAGCACUCACAAGCGACCAGCUCAGCCCCGGACCAUCCGCAGGAAAAAAACAACGGAGGAAGACCAGAAAUGGGUCUAAGUCCAAGGAAGGAGUAGAGGGAAGAAAAAGCAAAAAGCCAAGAAAUGGUAGCUCAAGCGACGUAAAAGAGAAGAGAGCGAACGAACAAGAGCCUCCCAAAGAUUACAUUCACGUUAGAGCUAGAAGAGGCCAAGCUACUGAUAGCCACAGCCUCGCCGAGAGGGCUAGAAGGGAAAAGAUAAGUGAACGGAUGAGGACUCUGCAAAACCUUGUCCCAGGAUGUGAUAAGGUAACAGGGAAGGCCCUCAUGUUGGAUGAGAUUAUAAAUUAUGUGCAGUCCUUGCAGAAUCAAGUUGAGUUUCUCUCGAUGAAGCUAGCUUCCAUAAGUCCAGUGGUCUAUGACUUCGGUUCGGACCUUGAUGGCAUCAUAGUUAGACCCGAGAUAGGAUCCGCAGACGUUGGAACGUCGUUUGCUAAUGCAAUGCCAACAACUACUACUAACUUUUCUUCACUAUUGGAUGAUUCCAUAAUACCCGCAGAGGCACAUCUUCAGGAAGAUGGAGGGGAAAGGGAGAAGAUUGUAGACAGAAGUGGGUUCAACAACAACAGCUUUUGUUCUUUCUCUUAAUUAAUCACAUGUCGACACAAACACAAAAGCCUGCUUUCGUUGAUUCAAUAUCCUCAAAUAUGCAGGGAGGGGAUAAAAUCUACGUAAGCCAGGGCUGGUUUAGAGGAUGUAGUUAAUUAUUCCUUUUCGAGGGUUUAAAUAAAAUAAAUAAAAAACUCAUUUUCAUAUGUGGCCCCGAGAUUUUCAACAUCAUUAUUUGCAUGCAUGCUCUCAUAGCAUACAUUCAUCGCCAUAAUCAUCAACAUCAUCGUCAAAUGAUAAAAGAGAUGGUCAUCUGAGGAAAGGGCAGAGGCAAUUCGAUGGAGGAAACAGACACAUAUAAAACAAGACCGCUUAGCUUAUUUAUUGUGUUUAUAAUAUAUAAUUUAAAUUUGAAUACUUUCGAUUAUUCACUUGUUAAGUAUAUCUUGGACAAAUAUUGUUUUAUUUAUUUCUCCAUU